GUAAAUCAGGAGAUUUAAUAUGAGUAUUUAAUGUAUUUUUGUCAUAAAUUUAAAUUCUCAAUCAUUCAAUAUCAAUUUUCUAAAUCAAUUGAUUGGGUUUCCGAAUUGGGCUGGGUUUAAAAUUUUGAAUAGCCCAAAGGACGAAGAACCGGGAGGGAACCUCGACGACAAAACCGCUCCCUUCCUCCCUCCCACCGGCCCCGUUUUCCGGCAACCGGACACCGCAGAACUGGCAUGUACAGACUAUGGAGGGUAUAGGAACGCAUGCGAGCAUAAGCGGCAAUGAAAAUGAUUCGGCGGAGCACGGCCGGUUAUCAGCCAAACAAAAGGCUAGAAUUUCCGAAAACUUCAGAGCCGCCAAGGCGCUUCUCGCUCGCAAAAGGCCCCGAGAUGCUUCCGAUCAUCAAUUCCCUAGAAAGGGAAGCGGACAUCCUGUUCAGUUGGGUAGCAUUAAAAGGAUCCCACUUUCUGAGGUUUCAGUGAAUACACCUCUACAUACCUCAGAGAAGAAGCUUAGUUCGAAGUUGCUUGAUGGAAGCAAUGGACUGUGCAGUAAUGGUACCCAUGGAUACAGUAUUAAAGCAAGAAGGGAGGGUGGAGAACAUCCAGCUUUGUCUAGAACUCCUGAGAAUCAGAAUAAGUCUUGGACCGGAAAGUGUUUUGAUAAUUCAUUCUGCACGAAUGCUCCCAAUAUCCAUGAAAAAGCAGAUGUUUUGCUGGAAUCUGAUGCUGGACUAGACUCAUUUGUUACUCCAGUGAGGCAACCCUGCUUCUCUAAUGUGAGUGGGUUGUACCCAUCAUUCAGUAUUCUAGAUGAUGAUCUGGAUGAAUCUAUUUUGGAGGAAAUUGAUGCUUUGUGUGAGCAGAAGUUAACAGAAAAUGCCAAAAGGGAGAAGCCGGGCACUGAUCUGGAGGGAAGCCAACAUGUUUCUAGAAGUACCGGGAAGGAUACCUCAGGUGCAGAAGUCAAUUCAGAGGAAAGCGUGAUGGCUGAAUGUUUUAUGACUUCAACAGAUAAAGCAAUGACUGAGGCAAAAGAUUCAGAUCCUAGUGGAAGGGAUAGCUUGAGUCCUGAUGGCUCAGGUUCAAUCUUUGAGCUUAAAGGUAUUUUAACCUUAGAAAGUGGUCAAGAAUGUAAAGAAGAACCAAAGAGUCCUGUAGCUACAUAUACUAGAAACAUGCCUGAGGAAUAUGCAAAGUAUAUAAGAGCUCUAAAUGACAAGCAGCGAGAAGCUGCUUGCACAGACAUUUCAAUCCCAUUGAUCAUUGUUGCUGGACCAGGGAGUGGCAAGACCUCUACAAUGGUAGGACGCGUCUUGAUGCUGCUACAUAAAGGAAUUGGUCCAUCCAACAUUCUGGCCAUGACCUUUACUAUAGCAGCAGCAUCUGAAAUGAGAGAGCGAAUUGGGGCAGUUGCUGGGAACACAGCAGCAAAGGAUCUAAAAAUCAGCACAUUUCAUUCAUUUUCUCUGCAACUCUGUCGUUUACAUGCAGAGAAGUUGGGCCGCACAGCUGACUUUUUGGUAUACGGCCAAGCGCAGCAGAGAAGGGCUGUCAUUGAGGCAGUUCGUGUACUGGAUGAUGAGAGCAAAGGAUGUAAUAGUGAGUUUUGUAAGCUCAUUGAAAGGCCUGACAUGAAGUCUGCCCAACUAUUUAAGGACAAGUCAAAGAAAUGGUUGAAGUUUGUAGUACAGGCUAAAGCUGCUGGAAGGUCAUCUGAAUAUUACUCUAAAAUUGGUAACAAUAUGGGAGCAGCAAUUCUUGAAAAGUACAAUGACAUAUUAAAAUCCUGCAAUGCUUUGGAUUACCAUGACUUGAUCAGUUGUUCUGUCAAACUUCUGACUGACUUUCCAGAAGUAUCGAAGGAAUGCCAAGAGUCAUGGAAGGCAAUUGUAAUUGAUGAGUUUCAGGACACAAGUGCCAUGCAAUAUGGUCUUCUGCUUACCCUUGCAUCACAUAUGAAAAUUACUGUUAUUGGUGAUGAAGAUCAGUCUAUUUUUAGUUUUAAUGGAGCUGAUGUUUCUGGAUUUGAUUCCUUUCGAAAAGAUUUUCCACUGCAUAAAGAGGUUAGGCUAGAUAAAAAUUAUCGUUCCACACGUUGCAUAGUGGAAGCAGCAUCAUUUCUCAUCCGACAUAAUUUGAAAAGGUGCCAGUCAAAACACGUUCUUACGGACAAUUCUUCGGGAGCCAAGAUAACUGUCAAGGAGUGUUGCAAUGAGGAUGCACAGUGUGCAUUUGUUACAGAUAAAAUUUUAGAAAUUGCUACUGAUAAUUCAUCUGCCAAAUCUUCAUUUAGCAACUUUGCUGUUCUCUACAGAAGGCAGGUAUCAGGAAAAAUAUUUCAAACAGUAUUCCGUGAUAGGAAAAUUCCUUUCAACAUUCAUGGUGUAGCCUUCUACCGGAAAAAGGUGGUCAAAGCAAUAAUUGCUAUGCUCAGAACAACACUUCCUGGUUGUGAUGAUGCAUCAUAUCGACGGAUAUUUAAAGCUUUACUUGCUUUUGAUAAAGAUGAAAAGAAGAAGAUAAUUGAACACAUUGAGAAAGUUUCUGCUAUAAGGAAUUGUAGCUUUCUUUCUGCUGCGAGUGACAUAUUUGGUGCAAAGAUAUCUGGUACUUUCAAAAGGCGUCAACUUACCCAAGGCCGCAAGGUGUUAAUCACUUUAGACAUGAUUUCGAAACUUGUUAACAGGGAACAAUCAAUUUCUGCUGUCAUUACUUCAGUGGCAAAUAUGAUACCUCAGAAGUUCCUUAUCGAACAGCGAGCAGUGGUUGAUACUGAUGGAGGGAAGUUACUCAAUGAAGACAAUGAUAUUAGAUCUGUUCUUCAGUAUCUAUUGGACGAUGUAUCUGAUUUUUUGAGAAGCAAAUUCAGUAAUUUAGAAGGAGAAAAUGAUAGUAUGAAAGAAGGUAAUGGGUGUGCAAGUGUGCUCAAAAUUUUUAUUGAUUACAUAACUGAACGAGAGACAGAGAAUUUCCGUGCCAGGAAACUUGAAAAUAAAGAUUCUGUCACCCUUACUACUAUUCAUCAGUCAAAGGGCUUAGAGUGGGAUACAGUUUUCAUUGUGAAGGCGAAUGAUUCUGAGAUUCCCUUGCUACAUGAAUAUAAUGGAAUUACAAAUCAAAACGCUAACUCUUUAGAGGAGGAGAGGCGGCUACUCUAUGUGGCAAUGACUCGCGCCAAGAAAAAACUUUUUAUUUUACAUGUAUUAAUGGACUCUAAUUGGCAGGUUCUUCAACCAUCACGUUUUCUAAGAGAAAUUCCUCGACAUCUUGUGGAGGUCCAGGAAGAUCGAAGUUUAAGAGGUUCAGAAACCGCUAAUCUACCACACAUUGAAGAAAUACCCCAGAAUUGUUCCCCAAAAAAGAUGAAAUCCUUUGACGAUAGCUCAAGGCUGUAUGAUUUUCCCAAUAAUCCAGAAGACAUUGAACCAAAUGAUUCAAUAGAAGUAUGGAAUUCCAACAAUUUUCUAAGAAGAUUCGAUACAGAAGACCGUGCUGUAGUAUCCCAUUUAUUCCAUCAGUGGGCCAAAAUGCCUGCUUUCAAGGAUCCGAAAAGGCUACUGAAUAAGGUUGGUUUUGUAAUUGAUGAGCGGCUGAGUACCAAGAAGAUCCUGCAUAAGGAUGUAUUGCGUGCUUUGAAGUCCUGCUUGGGAAGUGAUGAAGCUCUUCAUUAUGCUGAAUAUGUUCUGAAUUGGCUGCAAAUCCCUGCUGACAAGCGUGCUUAUUUGAUGAGAGAAAAGCAGGAACACUUUCAAAAACUGAGAGUUGAGAACGCAAUGAGCUCAUCAGAACCAACUCCCAAACAGAUUUCUUAUCUUCAAAGUUUGGGAUGUACUGUUGUCCCUACAUCUCGUCUCCAUGCAUCCCGUCUCAUUGAGGAAUACAAAUCACUAUAAGGCUCACAGUUCUAAAGUAGCUCUUAGAUACAACAGUCACAUAUUACAAUUCACAAAUUGUGUCUCUGCUCUGGCACUGUUAUUUAUUGAUUUUACCAUCCUGGUUCAUGUGUGGGUAUAUUUGUUCAUAUAAGAAGUCAAUUACCAAUAUGACCCUUAAUUGGAGGAAACGCACUUUUCAUUUACUGCUUCCAUGCAUCUUCCUCAGACCCUACCUGUGUGAUUUCAGUGGGAUUGGUGUUUUUGUUGUACUCCAUUUACCAUAGUGCAAGGACUAAAGAGUCCCUUUGUCUCCCAUUUUGGAAUGUAAAUCCCUUUACGUAAUACUUGCUAUUAGGAUUUAAUUAUUGACCAUUACAUUUUUGUAUUCCC